UGCGCCGGCGCAGCCUGCACGCCUGCAUUGAGAUUGCACUUUUGCUUUGAGAGCCGAGAGCGGUGGGAGCGCAGCCGGGCACCGUGGGUCUGCCAAGCUUCUUCGAAGGAGGGUCUGCAGUGCCCAGCGUGGGUACAGACUGGCACUGGGCUGCCCGCUGCUUCAGCUGGCAAUGAUGGAUUUCCACGUGGGAUCUCACGUCGUCCAGCACUGCCAGCAGCUGCACUGACAUCGGGCAGCCUCUGAGAACACAGCAGCACAGCUCGGACCAAUGCACAAAGCUCCUGGCCAAGGGCAUGGGGCAGUUGGGUCUCUGAGCCUCACUCACCAGCACUGGUGGUGGAGGGCCUUAAACCUUUUGAUUUCAGCCUCAGGUCAACACAGUGAGGAUGAUGUCACCGCAUUGGAGCAUCGACCCCACACACCAACACGGCCACAGCAGCAAAAUUCAUGAAGAGCAAAGGCAGAUGGUGCCUGGAAGGAGGGGAAGCAAAGUUUUGGGGCAGGGGCAGCACUGAGCUCGCAGACCCCGACACACACUAGGAUUGGGGCACUGGGGCCAUGGAGAACAGCUCCAACUGCUCCGCCAGCACUGACCUGAAGCUCUACUACGCCAUCACAUAUGCAUUCAUCCUCAUCCCUGGACUCAUAGGAAACGUGCUGGCUUUGUGGGUUUUCUAUGGCUACAUGAAAGAGACGAAAAGGGCCGUGAUAUUUAUGAUCAACUUGGCCAUCGCCGACUUAUCACAAGUUUUAUCCUUACCCCUGAGGAUUUUCUACUACUUGACCAAGACGUGGAAGUUUGGAGGAGGCCUCUGCAUGUUCUGCUUCUACCUGAAGUACGUCAACAUGUACGCCAGCAUCUACUUCCUGGUGUGCAUCAGCGUGCGCCGCUUCUUGUUCCUGAUGUACCCCUUCCGAUUCACGGACUGCAAGCGUGUCUGCGAUGUGUACAUCAGCAUCGUGGGCUGGGUGGUGGUGUGCGUUGGCUGCCUGCCUUUCCCCUUGCUGAGGCUCACUCAGAACACCACCAACGAGUGCUUUGUGGACCUGCCCGUGCAGGAGGUGGACCUUCCCACCUCCAUCAUCAUGAUGACCAUCGGGGAGCUGGUGGGCUUCGUGACGCCCCUGCUGAUCAUCCUGUACUGCUCCUGGAAGACGGCCUUAUCGCUGAAGGAAAGGAACUCUGCUUCACCAGACCUCGGGGAGAAAAAAAAGGCUCUCAAGAUGAUUCUCACCUGCGCUCUCGUAUUUCUGAUCUGCUUCGCGCCUUACCACAUCAGCUUCCCCCUGGAUUUCUUUGUCAAAACCAAAAAGAUUAAGAACUGCUGCACCCAGAAGGUGAUCUCAGUGUUCCACGCUGUUGCCCUGUGUCUGGCGAGCCUCAACUCCUGCGUGGACCCAAUCCUCUACUACUUCACCACGGAUGAGUUCCGCAGGCGGCUGUCCCGGCAGGAGCUGCACGACGGUGCCCCGCUGCACAGCCACAGCCAGCAGCACGCGCAGGACGCACUGCAGGACAGCAUCCCUCUGAAUGCUCCUAGCCAGCAGUACGCCCAGAGCACACUGCAGGACAAGCCCACUGAUUGCUAGCACAGCGCCCGUGGUUUUGGGGUUUGACCAAUGAUUUCAGGAAGGAUUUGAGCUUUAGGAAAAAAAGCCAAGCUUGAAAAAGCCAUCGCGCUUUAAUAUUUCGGUUGAAGAUUUGCCCUGUAUAAAUAACCACGUGUGGUUCCCCAUUCCAGAGCUGGGCAGCCAGGAGCAGGACACAGAGCCAUGCCACCUGGCCAUGUUACGAUCACACCAGCACCACACAAGGGGCAGCAGAGAUUUAGGGGUUUCCCUAUGCAGAAUUUGGUCCUAAAAGUGAGCAUAUGGCCUAGAGGCGUAUUCUCCUGAAGCAAAAGGUCACAGAGCAGUGCAGCUCACUUCCAUACGGUGCCCAGAGCCCACCUCACUCCAUGCUGACUACAUACAGGAGCUUAACAGCCUUGCUGUGCCAACAGUUACUCAGGCAUCUUUUCUGGGGGUGCACUAGAUGACAGUUCCCCAAAUUGCAAUGCCACUCAAGUGCCCACACACUAUUUUUCUACCCUCAUUUUGUUCUACCACCAGUUAUUUUUCUACCAUUGGUUUAUUUCUGGAUCAGGGUAAGAAGUAGCAGAACACCACCAGCAAAGCCCAAAGCCCUGUUUGUUGCCUGUGACAAGCUUUAAGCAUGGACUCCUGCUUCGAGGCUAUUCAUUCAGGCUCCAGCAAGCCUCCCAGGUCCCUUUUUCCCCUCAAGAAUGGCACAUGUGGCUCUGCAGCACUGCGCUCCCAUCAGCACAGCACUGAGCUCACCCCGAGCCCAGGAUCCAACCACUGCAAUAUCUGAGCAACUUCCUGUAACCUUACACAGGCCAACUCGUGAAGUUCAGGCCCUUAACCCCAGCUUGGCUGAGAUGCUGUCAGAGGAACCAAAGCUGUCUGAAGCUGAAAGCAAUGGAAUCCACUCUUUGUCAAGCCACAUAAGAGGCACAGAGACUUAUAAAGACAUAUUCAAGGCUGGGUGGAUUUCUAAUGGUCAUUACUUCCAAAAAAUCAAGCAACAGCAGCUUCGUGCUCAUCUGGCAUUUUGUUUGCACCUUCUUGUAAAAUUGUUAUGGGAAUAUUUGAAACGUUACGUUUUGGAAACAUAAAAAUACUGUGACGAUAUGAAAACUUUAUUUAAUGCUAAGGCUGUUUUGUAGAUUUAACUUAUGAAAACAUAAAUAUUUCAUAGAAAAACGACGUGAAUCCCAUUUCUUUGUUGUUUUAGAACCCUUCCAUUUAAUAAAAGGGAACUCCACCAGCCUGU